AUGGCGCGCUCACACAUCGCCGUCGCCUUGAGCGCCGCUGUCGUCGCCCUCGUGGUCAUUGGACAGCUCGUCGCCCACCUGGGACUCCCCAAUGUCGACCUGUGGCGCUGGACGCUCGAGCAGGGCUUCCACGACCACGACCACGACCACGACCACAACCACAACCACAACCACAACCACAACCACGACCAUGAUCACGACCACGACAUCCAGCAGGACCCGCUCAUAAGCGAUCGAGGGCCCGUCGCGGAUGCAUCGCAGUACCUCAUCGGCGUAGGCAAGGCAGACAUCACCGGGCCCGUCGUCGAGCUCAACCUGAUGGGCUACGCCAACACAUCGCAGGUCGGGACAGGCCUGCGCCAGCGGCUUUACUCGCGCGCCUUCGUCGUGGGCAGUCCGCACGACCCCCGCGAGCGCAUCGUCUACAUGGUGCUAGACACGCAGUCCGGCGACACGGCCAUCCGCAACGGCAUCCUGGACGGCCUCCAAGCGCUGGGCCCCGAGUACGCCGUGUACACAAAGGACAACGUCGCCGUCACGGGCACACACAGCCACUCCGGCCCAGGCGCCUGGCUCAACUACCUGCUGCCUCAGAUCACCAGCCUCGGCUUCGACAAGCAGAGCUACCGCGCCAUCGUGGACGGCGCAGUGCUCUCCGUCCAGCGCGCCCACCAGAACGCCGCCUUGGGCACUGUCGGUGUGGGCAGCGCAGACAUUGCCGACGCCAACAUCAACCGCAGCCUGUUCGCCUACCUCGCCAACCCGGCAGCAGAAAGAGCCAGGUACGCGGACGACGUCGACAGGACGAUGACGCUGCUCAAGUUUACGAGGUCCAGCGACGCCAAGGCCAUGGGCAUCCUGACCUGGUUCGCCGUGCACGGCACCAGCAUGCUCGGCAACCAGACGCUGAUCACGGGCGACAACAAGGGCGUGGCCGCCUAUCUGUUCGAGGAGGAUGCCGCGGCCGACGAGAACAUGGCCGAAGGCUUUGUCGCCGGCUUCUCGCAGGCCAACGUCGGCGACACUUCGCCCAACGUGCUCGGUGCCUACUGCGAAGACGGCACGAACCAGCAGUGCCGCUUCAACGACAGCACCUGCGCCAACGGCAAGAGCCAGGACUGCCACGGCCGCGGUCCCUACUUCGGCCUGAACGACGGCGGCGCAAGGUCGUGCUACGAGAUGGGACGGCGUCAAGCGGAGGGCGCCCGCAGCAUCUUCGACACGGCCAGCUUCACGUCCAUCACGGGCAGCGUGCGCUCGUUCCACACCUACGUCGACUUCUCCAACUACACCGUCCAGCUCAGCAACGGCUCUGUCGCCACCACCUGUCCCGCCGCCAUGGGCAACUCGUUCGCAGCGGGCACGACCGACGGCCCAGGCGCAUUCGACUUUGUGCAGAACGACCCGGGCGCGCCCUCGAAUCCUUUCUGGAACGUCGUCGGCAGUGCCAUUGCGCCGCCAUCAGAGGCGCAGAAAGCGUGUCAGUUCCCGAAGCCUGUGCUGCUGAACGUGGGUGAAGCCAACACACCCUACCCGUGGUCGCCGAACAUUGUCGACAUCCAGGCGAUGCGCAUCGGCCAGUUGAUCAUCAUCGUGGCCCCCGGCGAAGCCACCACCAUGUCCGGCCGGCGAUGGCGCGAAGCCGUGCACGCCGCGGCCAAGACGUCUCGCAUGGCCAGCGAGCCCAUUGUCGUGCUCGGCGGUCCUGCAAACACGUACGCGCACUACAUUGCCACGGCGGAGGAGUACGCAAUCCAGCGCUACGAGGGCGCGUCGACGCUGUACGGCCAGCACACGCUCGCCGCCUUCAUCAACGCAACACUGACCCACCUCCCUUACCUGUCCGACACCAAGCACGGCGCCAUCCCCCCCGGCCCCUCGCCACCCGACAACCGAGACAAAAGCAUCAGCCUGAUUCGCGGCGUGGUCUACGACGGCGCACCCUUCGGCAGCUCCUUUGGCGCCGUCAAGACGGACGUCGACCCCACCUACCACCCGGGCGACACGGUGCGUGCCGUCUUCGUCGGCGCCAAUCCACGCAACAACCUCCGCCUGGAAGAGUCGUAUGCCUCGAUCGAGCGCUUCGUCGACGGCUCGUGGACGCAGGUCCGCAGCGACCGGGAUUGGGACGUUGUGUUUGAGUGGAAGCGAGUGAACAGCCUGACGGGGACGAGCGAGGUUGUGGUUUCGUGGGACACUUUGUUUUCGACUCGGCGUUUGCGUCCAAGCUCAGGUUCAGGUUCAGGUUCAGGUUCAAGCUCCAAUUCAAGCUCAAGCUCAAGCUCAGAGCUAAAAGCAGGCCGCUAUCGCAUCCGCUACUUUGGCGACGCAAAGAGCGUCGGCGGCACCAUCAGCGCGUUCGAGGGCAGGAGCGGCGAGUUUAGGAUCCUGUAG